AGUACAAUAUUCUAAUGCAUGCAUUGUGAAUGCAAAAUUGCGUUGUUGUCCGAUAACAUCUCUGAUUGUGAUUGUGACCGUGCUACACGCAUGUAAACUCAUCUAAGUUAGCGACAAUUCGACAGUACAUUUAAUUAAUUCAUCUCUUUUCAUACAAAAGGACUCGAAAUGUUAUCAGUUAUCAACAAAUUCCUGGACUGGCUGAAAAGCCUUUUCUGGAAGGAAGAAAUGGAGCUUACUUUAGUCGGUCUUCAGUAUUCUGGAAAAACUACAUUCGUCAAUGUGAUUUCGUCUGGACAAUUUAAUGAAGACAUGAUCCCCACAGUAGGUUUCAACAUGAGGAAAGUUACGAAAGGAAAUGUCACAAUAAAGCUUUGGGACAUUGGAGGUCAGCCUAGGUUUAGGAGUAUGUGGGAGAGAUACUGCAGAGGGGUCAAUUGUAUUGUGUAUAUGGUAGAUGCAGCUGACCAUGAAAAGUUAGAAGCUUCAAGGAAUGAACUGCACAACUUACUGGACAAACCACAACUCCAAGGAAUACCGGUUCUGGUACUGGGUAACAAGAGAGACAUUCCUGUAGCAUACGAUGAGAAAGAACUCAUAGAGAGGAUGAACUUAUCAGCGAUUCAGGACCGAGAGAUCUGCUGUUAUUCCAUCUCGUGCAAAGAGAAAGAAAAUAUCGAUAUCACAUUGCAAUGGCUGAUACAGCAUUCAAAGUCAGGGGGCAGCCGCUAGGGAGCUCGUUCUCCUUCUCUCAAACAGCUUCAAUGGCGAGAAGACCAAUAUAAAUAUUCAUAACAUUAUAAUUAUUGUCUAUUGUGUAUAUUAUGUUAGAUAAAUUGGGGGGAAAGAUGGAAGAAAUUUAUAAGGAGAAAACAGGAGCAGAUAUGAAUGGCCAGGUAAUAUAUGACUGAAAAAUUAUCUUUGUGUUUUUUAUGUAACUUUGCUUUUUUCUAUAUUUCAAGUUGUCCAGUUAUACAUGUUGCAAACUCCUUUUUUUGUUGUUAGCUGCUUCUCUUCAACCUGAUUUCUAUGAAUUUGUAAUUUUCUUGUCAAAAUUUGGAGUAAUCUUCAAUAAUUUUGAUUAGAUAUACUGUAUAUCAUGUUAUCUUCAAAGGAUUAUUUAUGCCUGUUGUUGCCAUAAGUACAUUCAGUCCAAGAUGGUAAAUACCUUUGUAGAGGUUAAUAUAUUGCAUGUUAUAUAGCAUAACACUAUGUCUACAGCAAAUAUGUCUUUUGACAGACUUACCAUAUCAAACUUUAUUUUCUUGUCAGGGCAAAAUUGUUUUCACGAUGAGACAACCAGAUGAUUAUAUUAAUGUCAUGCUUUACUGAUAGGGCGUAUGUUGACAACUUAGGUAUGCGUUUUACUUAUGAUGUAGUUUGUAUUCUAUGCAAGAGUCGAAUAUGAAUGGGAGAUAGCAGCAUAAUUUUCAGUCUCUUUGCCAGUCACAAGUUGAUUUCUGAAGAAAAUGAUCAAACCAGUAUGAAACGGUUUUCCUUGCAUACAUUAUGUAGCAUACCCCAAUACUAAUAGAAAUAGCUGCAGAACUCUUUUUUUUUGGGGGGGGGGGGGGUUAAGUGAUUCAUGAAAACUGAUAAUGAUCAAAUGCAUGUCAGUGAAUUAGAUGUCUUUAUAUGUCGGAAUGAAAUUUCUGCCCUGCUUAAUAUUCUUAAGUCUUUCCAUCUCAUUAUGCUCCCCUUGUUUCAUCUUGUACUGUGUAUUCUAGACAUUGUGUACAGUGAUUGCUUGCUUAUUAGUCUAGUUGAGACUGUAAUUAGCAGUGGCUUUGAUAAUAAGUGCAAUCUGAAGAA